AUGCAAAAAAUUCUAGUCUCUGCGCCUAAGAAGUAUGAAGCAAAAAUUGCCUCUUGGAAGAACACCAAGGACUUGACUCAGUUGAGAGUAAUGGAGUUUAUCAGUGCUUUACAAGCACAAGAGCAGAGGAGGUUAAUGAGGCAAGAAGGAAGCAUAAAAGAAGCUUUGAAAGCUAAGAUGUCGCAGUGUGAAGUAGGAGAGGAUAAGAAGUGGAAUGGGAAGAAGAGUGGAGGCAAUAGUGGUUCAAAAGCUACUAAAAAAGGUAAUGGUAUUGGAAAUUCUAACAAGUAUUCUUCAUGUAAGUAUUCUGGAAAACAGAAUCAUCCCCAUUUCAGGUGUUGGAGACAACCAGAUGUGAAGUGCAGAAGUUGCAAUUUGAUACGGCACAUUGAAAAGUUCUGUAAGGAAUCAAGAAAUCAGCAGUAUGGUGAAACACAUGCUGUAAUUAAAGAAAAAGAGAACCAAUUAUUUGGUGUCUCUUACUUCUCAUCAGGCACUCCAUGUGACAGUUGGUUAGUUGAUAGUGGUUGCACCAAUUACAUGACUUGUGAUGAGAAGUUGUUUAAAGACAUUGACAGGUUAUUGAAGUCAAGAGUAAGGAUAGGAAAUGGAGAGUACCUAGAAGUGAAGGGAAAAAGCACAGUAGUAAUAGAGAGUUGUGCUAGAACUAAUUUGAUUUUAGAUGUUCUGUUUGUACCUAAGAUUGAUCAAAACUUGCUAAGUGUGGGGAAAUUAGUAGAGAAGAAAUUCAAAGUGAUGUUUGAAGAGGGAAUAUGUCUAAUCCUUGACUCUAGUGGCAAUAAAUUGUUUAGGAUUAAGAUGCAGAACAAGAGUUUCACAUUGAAUCCAUUUAAGGUGGAGCAAGUGGCAUCCAAGUGUCGGGAAGGAAUGACAUCAGAUCAGACGGACCUUCUUGCUGAGCAAGUUAAGGUGCUUGUUGUAGAGAUUGCAUUUAGCUCCAAUACCCUGAAAUACCUAUUGGACCAGUUUGCAAAUGAUCCUAAUAGCUCGAAAUCUCAGCUUCAAAAUUUAGAAAGAGGGGUUCAAGAAAAAAGGAAUCAAAUGAGGGCAUUUGAAAACACAUAA